AAGAUGAAUUGAUAACAUUGAAUAUUGGAGGAUCUAUUUUCAAAACGUACAGGUCAAAGUUAAUCAAAUAUCCCAAUUCUAAACUAGGAAGUCUAACAACAGCUUCAGAACACUAUUUACCAAGCAGUAAGGAAUAUUUCUUUGACAGGAAUCCUGAGUUAUUCAACGUAGUACUAGAUUAUUAUAGAUAUGAUAGACAACAAUUGCACAUACCCAACUACACGUGUGGAUCUGUUCUAUUACAAGAAUUUGACUUUUGGGGUUUACCCGUAGUAAAUAUUGCGGACUGUUGUUUCCAUAUUUAUAUCAAGCAUGAAGAUGAGGUAGAAAUACAACAGACUUUGGUUACGUGUCAUUCUUAUACACAAAUAGGCAAUAGCCUUACAAAUUCCAAGUCAUUCGGAAAACAGCUGUGGUUAGUUUUAGACCAACCGAAUUCCUCACGAAUUGCACAGAUAUUUUUUGCCGUCUUUAUGAUAAUGGUUGUUUUAUCUGUAUUGAUGUCCUGCAUGGUAACAGAUACGAAAUUCCGGGUAGAUAGGCCCCCACCACCACACCAUUCAACUAAUAACCGAAACCAGCUUACACGGACUAACUCUACAACGGGCAAUAACACAAGUAAUGAUUCUGUUGUUCAUCACGUGAAGGAUGACGGGUUAACUUGGAAGAUGAAGCUCUUCAUAGAAACCAAACCAUUAGAUUACAUAGAUUACAUUGAUUUUGUCACUACCGGGUUCUUUAUAUUAGAGUUGUUACUCCAUUUUCUUGUUUGCCCACAGAAGAAACGGUUUUUAAAUGACAACAACAAUAAAAUCGAUGUUUUGUUAUUUCUUGUAACAUUAUUGUUUUGGUGUGUUAUUCCGCUAGCGGUUGAUUAUAUGAAAUACAAACAUUACAGAUCUCUAUAUAUUUUCGCGAAUGUAACUAUGAUGUUAAAAAUCCUUCGUAUGUUUAGAUUAACUAAGCUGUAUACAGAACUUCGAAUAUUAUUAAUUACCCUCCAAAAAAGUAUCAAAGAACUAAUUUUAUUGUCCGUUACGUUUGCAAUAUUUGCAGUUUUAUUCGGGAAUUUGAUUUACUACAGUGAACUUUCAGAAAGCGAAACCUUUCCUGAUAGUUUUAUAGGAAUAUGGUGGUCCAUAAUUACCAUGACUACUGUUGGGUAUGGAGAUUAUGUUCCAAAAUCUUCUAUUGGUUAUUUCGCUGGUGUUAUUACCGCAACUUCCGGUGUUCUCAUCAUUACAAUGCCGAUUGCCAUUAUCGCCGGAAAGUUUGAUGGAUAUUAUACUGCAUAUAACACAAACAAAACAAAAACAAAGAUGCGAAAACUCCAAAAGCAAGAACAUCAGAAUUCAGUGGCACCUCUGUAUAACACAACUAUCAUAAACAAACACUGAAUGAGAAAAUGAGAAAAACCGAAAACAUUUCGAAAGGAUGAAUAUGCAGGACUUUGUAUUUGUUAUUAGACGUUUGAAAUUGUACUCAAACCCAUGCGUUUGAAUUGUACCAGAUUAUAUUCAUUCCUUAUACUAUAGUUUUUCCCUAACUAUUUAAUUUUGAAAUUGAUAUUUUUAUUAAGUUGUUCACAAUAUAUUUUUUCUUGUUUGCUUUUGUAAGUGAUUCACAUUUUUACAUGAUUUUAUCCAAUUUAUAAUACAUUCAUGCAAAGAAGAUAUGGAAUGAUUAGAAUAGGCUUUGAAAGAUUUGAUAAGGGACUUUCCGAUUUGAAUUUUUUUUGGGAGUUCGGUAUUAGUGCUAUUUUACUUUUUACCCAACUGUAUUUAAUUCAUAAUGUACACGGAACAUAUUAACUUUGUUCGUUUCAAAUUGUUUUGUAAAACAAUAUUUACGUGAUAUCUUUUAUUGGAUGAAUUUCAAAUAAAAUUGACAAUUCAUUUCUUUAUUCAAGUGCCCAUUAAUUGCAUAGCAGACAAUACAAAUAAAAAUAUU